AUGGAGGAAGAAGUCGCAGCGCUUGUCAUUGACAAUGGAUCCGGAAUGUGCAAGGCUGGCUGUGCAGGUGACGAUGCUCCCCGUGCAGUUUUCCCAUCUAUCGUCGGUCGCCCUCGCCACCAGGGUGUCAUGGUCGGAAUGGGCCAAAAGGACUCCUAUGUCGGUGACGAAGCACAAUCUAAGCGAGGUAUACUUACUUUGAAAUAUCCCAUCGAACACGGUAUCGUCACGAACUGGGAUGAUAUGGAAAAGAUCUGGCAUCACACCUUUUACAACGAGCUGCGUGUCGCCCCUGAGGAGCACCCAGUUCUAUUGACAGAGGCGCCUCUUAACCCCAAAGCUAACAGGGAGAAGAUGACCCAGAUCAUGUUCGAGACCUUCAAUGCCCCUGCCUUCUACGUUGCUAUCCAGGCCGUCUUGUCUCUAUACGCCUCUGGUCGUACUACCGGUAUCGUCUUGGAUUCCGGUGAUGGUGUCACACACACUGUACCCAUUUACGAAGGUUUUGCCAUUCCUCAUGCUAUCCUCCGUCUUGACCUUGCUGGUCGUGAUUUGACGGAGUACUUGAUCAAGAACUUGAUGGAGCGUGGAUACCCCUUCACCACCACGGCUGAACGGGAAAUUGUCCGGGACAUCAAGGAGAAGCUGUGUUAUGUCGCUCUUGACUUUGAGCAGGAGCUGCAGACGGCUGCACAGAGCAGUGCCCUGGAGAAAUCUUACGAACUGCCCGAUGGACAGGUCAUCACCAUCGGUAACGAACGAUUCCGUGCUCCAGAGGCCUUGUUCCAACCAGCGUUCUUGGGAUUGGAAGCCGCUGGUAUUCAUGAGACAACAUACAACUCCAUCUUCAAGUGUGACCUUGAUAUUCGUCGUGACCUUUAUGGAAACGUCGUCCUCUCCGGUGGUACAACGAUGUUCCCUGGUAUUGCUGACCGCAUGCAGAAGGAGUUGACGUCUCUCUCUCCUUCCAGCAUGAAGGUCAAGAUCGUCGCUCCUCCUGAACGUAAAUACUCCGUCUGGAUUGGUGGAUCUAUUCUUGCUUCGCUCUCUACGUUCCAGAACUUGUGGUGCUCAAAGCAGGAGUAUGACGAGAGUGGCCCUGGUAUCGUUCACCGCAAAUGCUUCUAAGCAACGAGCGUGUUGGAAUAGGAUAGAAGUUAAUGUCGGAAGUGGAUUUCUGUUUCUGCUACCUGUCUCGCAUAUACAAUACAUCGAUUACGCUUAGGUCUUCAUUGUCACUCUGUACUACUUUGGUGAUGAGGAUAUGGAUUUCUUCUCUUUCUC